AGCCCGCGCCCGCGCCCAGCCCGCACCGAGCCGGCCAUGGGGCUGCCCACCCUGGAGUUCAGCGACUCCUACUUGGACAGCCCGGACUUCAGGGACCGCCUGAAAUGCCACGAGAUCGAGCUGGAGCGGACCAACAAGUUCAUCAAGGAGCUGAUCAAGGACGGCAGCCUGCUCAUCGGGGCCCUGCGGAAUUUAUCCAUGGCAGUACAAAAAUUUUCCCAGUCUCUUCAAGAUUUUCAGUUUGAGUGUAUUGGAGAUGCUGAAACUGAUGAUGAAAUUAGCAUUGCCCAGUCACUAAAAGAGUUUGCCCGACUACUGAUUGCUGUGGAAGAAGAGAGAAGACGACUGAUCCAGAAUGCUAAUGAUGUCCUAAUAGCACCACUGGAGAAGUUUCGGAAAGAACAAAUAGGUGCAGCAAAAGAUGGAAAGAAGAAGUUUGACAAGGAAAGCGAGAAAUAUUAUUCCAUCCUAGAGAAGCACUUAAAUUUAUCAGCAAAGAAAAAAGAAUCUCAUUUGCAAGAUGCAGAUACACAGAUUGACAGAGAACAUCAAAACUUUUAUGAAGCAUCAUUAGAAUAUGUGUUUAAGAUUCAAGAAGUGCAGGAGAAAAAGAAGUUUGAAUUUGUUGAACCUCUCUUGGCCUUUCUUCAGGGAUUAUUUACUUUUUACCACGAGGGAUACGAACUGGCACAGGAGUUUGCUCCGUACAAGCAGCAGCUGCAAUUCAAUUUACAAAAUACACGGAAUAAUUUUGAAAGUACUAGGCAAGAAGUGGAGCGACUGAUGCAGAGAAUGAAAUCUGCCAGCCAGGAUUACCGACCACCAAGUCAGUGGACCAUGGAAGGCUAUCUCUAUGUCCAGGAGAAGCGACCCAUUGGAUUUACUUGGAUAAAACAUUACUGUACUUAUGAUAAAGGGACAAAAACUUUUACAAUGAGUCUAGCUGAAACAAAGUCUGGUGGGAAAGUCAAUGGCCUUGUUACAAGCUCACCAGAAAUACUCAAGUUAAAAUCCUGUAUCAGAAGAAAGACAGAUUCAAUCGAUAAACGUUUCUGUUUUGAUAUUGAAGUAUUUGAAAGACCUGGAAUCAUUACACUGCAGGCUUCUUCAGAAUCCAAUAGAAAACUUUGGUUGGAAGCUAUGGAUGGAAAGGAGCCAAUUUACACACUACCUGCCAUCAUUAGCAAGAAAGAAGAAAUGUUCUUAAAUGAAGCAGGCUUUAACUUUGUGAGGAAAUGUAUUCAUGCUGUGGAAACAAGAGGUAUCACAAUCUUAGGGCUGUACAGAAUAGGAGGUGUGAAUUCUAAAGUGCAAAAGCUAAUGAAUACCAUAUUUUCCCCUAAAUCUCCUCCUGAUAUGGAUAUUGAUAUGGAACUUUGGGACAACAAAACAAUAACAAGUGGACUUAAAAACUACCUCAGGUGUCUUACAGAACCACUAAUGACCUUCAAGUUGCACAAGGAUUUCAUUCUUGCUGUUAAAUCUGACGACCAAAACUACAGAGUAGAAGCAGUGCAUGCACUUGUCCAUAAAUUACCAGAGAAAAACAGAGAGAUGCUGGACAUCUUAAUCAAGCACUUGGUCAAGGUAUCUUUACACAGUCAACAAAAUCUGAUGACAGUCUCCAACCUAGGAGUUAUUUUUGGUCCAACUCUGAUGCGAGCACAGGAAGAAACUGUGGCUGCUAUGAUGAACAUUAAGUUUCAGAAUAUUGUUGUUGAAAUUCUUAUAGAGCAUUAUGAAAAGAUAUUUCACACUGCACCGGACCCCAAUAUUCCUCUUCCCCAGCCUCAGUCCCGUUCAGGUUCCAGAAGGUCAAGAGCUAUAUGUCUCUCCACAGGCACACGCAAGCCUAAAGGAAGAUAUACCCCAUGUUUGGCAGACCCCGAUAGUGAUUCAUACAGCAGCAGUCCAGACAGCACUCCCAUGGGCAGCAUAGAGUCGCUCUCUUCUCACUCAUCAGAACAAAACAGCACCACAAAAUCUGCAUCAUCCCAGCCCAGAGAAAAGUCAGGAGGAAUUCCAUGGAUUGCAUCCCCCCCUUCUUCCAAUGGGCAGAAGAGCUCAGGUCUUUGGACCACAAGUCCAGAAUCUUCCUCUAAAGAGGACGCAACAAAAACAGAUGUGGAGUCAGACUGCCAAAGUGUAGCUUCUGUCACUGGUCCAGAGAAUAUGUCUCCACCAAUAGAUCUGACCAAAAAGGGACCUUAUGGUCUGACUGGGUUGAAAAGAUCUGCAGCUUCCUCCCUCAGGUCAAUCCCUUCAGUUGAAGGUAACAAAAGCUUCAGUGGAUCUGUGCAGAGCUUAUCCUCAAUAGAUGCAAAAGAUACACCAAAAGCUCCACCUAAUCCUGAGCUGCCACCAAAAAUGUGUAGGAGAUUAAGACUAGAUACUGCAUCAAGUAAUGGCUAUCAGAGGCCAGGAUCAGUAGUGGCUGCAAGAGCCCAGAUGUUUGAAAGUGCUGGUUCACUUAAACAAGCUUCUUCAGGACGACAAGCCAAAGCCAUGUAUUCCUGCAAGGCUGAGCAUAGUCAUGAGCUUUCCUUCCCGCAGGGGGCAAUAUUUUCUAAUGUGUACCCAUCAGUGGAACCAGGCUGGUUAAAAGCAACCUAUGAAGGCAAAACAGGGCUAGUUCCUGAGAAUUACGUUGUCUUCCUCUAGUAUACUUUAGUGGACAGCAGUAUCUUCAUGGUAUCCAUGGUAACAAAUAAUAAACACUAUGAUCUUUAUCUGACACAGAUAUGGGGAUCAGCCUGUUAGUCAAGAGUAGUAUAUCUCCUUCAAAUUCUGUAACUCCACAUUAUAUUGCUCCCUAUGAAUAGAACAGGACAUAAAGAAAUAGUUAACAGGGUUUCUUUGUGCUAAAGAUGGUACUCUGUUUAAAUAACUUCAGCUGUUCACAAAAAGGUUGUUCUGGUCUUCUUUUGCAGAUAAAGAACGUUACAGCAAUACCAUCAAAAAACAUGUCAUUAGCUGCAAACCAUUUGGGGCCUGAGAUUUAACCAGACCAAUAUAAAAUUUACAGUCAAUGCACUCUGGAAAUUUUUACAAUCGCAUCUUUUAACCUGUAAAAUAAUUAUAAUAUUUUUCAUAAUGUAAGACUUAUUUCUGUUAUGAUACAUUUCUCCACCAGAAAACUUGAUUUGGACAUUGGUCCUAGUCAUUUCAAGGAAUGAGUUACUUUGUUCUUAAAGCAAGGUUUUGAACUUGUGUUAUACAAUGAAGUUACAAUAUACGCAUGCUACUUUGUAAAUAAUUUAUAUAACUGAGAACCAGAUUAGGUUGUACACUGACAAAGCCUUAAGUGCUCCUCCAAAAUGUGAUUUUGUUUGGACUGGUAUUUCAUUUGAGCACCACACAGAAUUUUUAUGUCUUUCUUUCUUUCAUCAAUAUAAUUAUAUAUUAAUAAUAAAUUAUAUUUAUAGCACCCAUCUUCCCUAGGGCAUUCUCAGCUUGUCUAAAAACUGAAAUACACAAAACAAUAACAUUCUGAUACUAACAUUAUUGGAAAACAUUUAUGGUUAGCACCAAAGAAGGACAAUAAAUCUAAAAUUUGAAAUACAUCUGAGUCUCACUUCUACUUGUUACAUUUAGCUUUUCCCCAAAUGAUCUGGGAAGUAGCUAAUUUUAUAAGCUAUGAAUUCUGAAAGCUCGAUCUAGCUAUUCAAAGUGUGUGAUAUUAGAUAAAUUUGGUUAUUUUGUUGAAUUUGAAUGGAAUUUCCUCUGACUUUCAUUGAACUAUUUGGCCACAAUUCAAAAGCAUGCUAGUGGAAGGCUUAGAGCAGGGCUGUGAAACUCAUCCGACCACAUGGGCUGAAUGAGUGGUGCAGCACCUGUCCAUGGGCCAGUCUGGAACCACAGACAAGACCUGCAUUCAGAUCCAAUGCAUGUCCUGCAGUGGCUGGAGUGGAUGCCUAUGCAGCCCAGUCCUGCUCCAGCCACUUUGAGGGCUGUACUGCAUACAGCAGCUGUUGAGGGGCUUUGCUGCACAGUCCUAGAGGCACCAUCAUGGAACUGUGCUGCGUACACUGAAGCAGCAGCCAUGGGGCUGCGAGGCCACUGCAUGCAGCAUAGCGCUGGAGUGGCACACAGCUGCUCCGGGGCGGUGCUCUAUGUGGCAGUUGCUCCACUGCUCCAGGAUGUGAGCUGAAGCUGGUAGCUCAUAGAGUCAUCCAUUAUGCUUCGCAUGCAACCUGUUGGCUAUUCUAAAACCUAUAGGCACCGCCGGGUGCUGGAUCUGGCCCAUAGGUCCUAUAUUUGACUCCCCUUUGUUAGAGAAGUGUUAUAUUGCGGUGGGCUAGUAAUUAUGCAAGAAGCAAGGAUUUUUUCUUAAGGUGAUAUCUUUUAUUGGACCAACUGCUUGGUUGGAAUAAAGUUAGACAAGUUUUUGAAUGCAAUGUAUUCUUCAUCAGGUUCAUUAGAUCUGAUGAGGAAUGCAUGAUACAAUCCAUUCAAAAGUUUGUCCAACUUUAUUCCAACCAUGCAGUUGGUCCAAUAAAAGAUAUCACCCUUAAAAAAAAUCCUUUCCUUCCACAUGAAGUGUGGUAGUAAAAUUACUUGGCAUCAAUAUCCAUCGAUUACUCAUUCUAGAAUUUAAAAGGGAUCCGUUUUAUAUAUUACUAGCAAUACAUUUUGCAUAAAUUUUCCCACCAGUAAAAAUGAUGUGUUAAUAAAAAUGCUAUUAUAAGCUGUGAGUUGGCUGACCUAGUCCAUUGAAGAAUAACAGUCCAUAAAAGGAGAAUAAGGAGCAAGUCAUAAAAUCGUUGCAAGGGAGGAAUGUUAACAGAUGUCCAAGUUAGAAAUGCACU